AUUCUUUUAAAUUCCCCGCCAGGCUCCUCCCCCAUUCCAACCGGUCAGUCUAUCAAGAGUUGCAGCCAUAGCUAAAAUAGCUCCGAACUUGUCUUUCUGCAAUUUUUCGAGAAAGAUCAUCUCUUUCUCAAAUCUCAGCUCCUCAAUUCCUUGUUCGAAGACAUCAAAGUUGAGAGUUCAUCUUCAAUCAAAUGGACGAUACUUCAAGGAAUGAGGGGAGCAACACCAUUAGGAUCCUGGUUGCUACGGACUGUCACUUGGGCUAUAUGGAGAAGGAUGAAGUACGUAGGCAUGAUUCAUUUCAGGCAUUUGAAGAGAUAUGUUCAAUCGCGGAGAAAAAACAGGUGGACUUUGUGCUUCUCGGUGGUGAUCUGUUUCAUGAGAAUAAGCCAUCCAGGGCAACACUGGUAAAAGCCAUUGAAAUUCUUCGCCGCUAUUGUCUCAAUGAUCAACCGGUGCAAUUCCAAGUUGUUAGUGACCAGACAGUGAACUUUGCUAACCUAUUUGGUCAUGUAAAUUACGAAGAUCCUCACUUUAAUGUGGGGUUGCCUGUUUUCAGCAUUCAUGGCAAUCACGAUGAUCCAGCUGGUGUGGUAGCUAAAUUUGAUGAUUCUGAGCGGCUUCGCCCUGAAGAAUUGAAUCAGCAAAACAUUGAAGCUUUAGUUGCUGAGAGCAAUUUGAAAAUGGAGGUACUUCCAGUGAGCGAUCUGGACGUUGCCUUGCACAAUUUUGUUAAUAAGGAUGAGAAAAUGGCUUUUUAUUCUUGUGUACAAUACAACCUUGAGGGAACUCGAAGCAAAAUAGCUUGUGAUUCAGAUCUGGUGAAAUUCGAAGAAGAUGAUAUAAUUUUAAAAGUUGGAGAGUGCUUAGAGGUAAGAAUUUUUAACUCUUUCACUGAAAGGAAAAGUGUGGAGGACUUUGGUGAUGUUAUUAGAGAAGGUGGAGGUGCAUUUGAAAAGGGUCUCUUCCGAGGUGCCAAUGCUAUGAGAAUGAAAAUAGCAUCUGCUAUUGCUUCUGAAGAUCAACUCCGCUUCGAAGGAGGCUGCCUCGAGUGA